UAACUCUCGCGAGAAAACUUUUCCCGGUUACCUGAAGAAACGAGAGUUUGAUUCAAAGAGUAUUACACUUUGUAUGAACGAUACUAACCAAAACAAAACUCACCCCAGACAACAGGUCAUUUUUGGGGGAAUCCUGGCUGCAUGUAUCAAUCAGAAAUGACAUCGCCACAAACACUUCAGCCGGUCCUGAAGAUGAAGGUUGAUGAGCUCUUCCUCUUUUGGUUGAGUGAGCCAAGCACUCAGGCAAUGCUAAAAGACUACCUCAACAAGAUCAAGAACGGAGAAGAAAUAGAAGUGAGCCAAGGGGAUUUUAAAAGCAGGAACACUCUGGUGUUAACAGAAAACAACAACAACCAUGCAUUAAAAAUUAAUGCGACAGAGAGAAUGUCUGCGGCCCUUGGUGCACCGUUCAGCCCCCCCUCAGCAACGCUGCCCUCUGUGAGUGGCGGAAAUAAUAGAGCGGGACUGAACGCUAGGGCCCUACGCCGCUCUGUCAGCACUAGGAAGCAGGCACAGGCUAAGAAAGAAGAGCCCGUGACACCAGCCUUAAGUGAAAGCAUUCCAAAGUUCUACUUUCCUCAAGGACAGCCCUCGGCCAAUAUCAACAUUGACAAUCUAAUUUCCAAGAUAGAAAAAACAUUUUCCCAAUUCCCAGAUGAAAGGGUCACUAUUAAAGACAUGGGUCUAGUUGCCAAGGCCUGCGAGUGCCCACUUUAUUGGAAAGCGCCAUUGUUCCACUCUGCCGGAGGAGACAGGAGGGGAUAUGUGUCCGUUCACAAGUUCGUGGCAAUGUGGAGAAAAAUGCUUCAGACCUGUCAUGAUGACGCAUCCAAAUUUCUUCACCUUCUGGCCAAACCUGGCUGCAAUUAUUUGGAACAAGAGGACUUUAUUCCAUUCAUGCAGGAUGUGGUGGAUUCACACACAGGUCUGGCGUUUUUAAAGGAGGCCUCAGACUUUCAUUCUCGCUAUAUUACCACAGUUGUCCAGAGAAUAUUUUAUAAUAUAAACCGCUCGUGGACAGGGAGAAUAACGUGUUCAGAACUAAGGAGAAGUAGUUUUCUGCAGAAUGUGGCACUGCUGGAAGAAGAGGAAGAAAUUAACCAGCUGACGGAGUUUUUCUCUUACGAACAUUUCUACGUCAUCUACUGCAAGUUCUGGGAGUUGGACACAGACCACGACUUGUACAUAGACCAGAGAGACCUGGCCCGACAUAAUGAUCAAGCCAUAUCCCACAGAAUGAUUGAGAGGAUAUUUUCAGGAGCUGUAACCAGGGGCAGAAAGGUUCAUAAAGAGGGCAGAAUGAGUUAUGCUGACUUUGUGUGGUUCCUUAUAUCGGAGGAAGACAAAAAAACUGAGACUAGUAUAGAGUACUGGUUUCGCUGUAUGGAUCUGGAUGGGGACGGGGUGCUGUCCAUGUACGAGCUACAGUACUUCUAUCAUGAACAGUGUCAGAAGCUUGAGACUAUGGCUAUUGAGCCACUGCCAUUUGAGGACUGCCUGUGCCAAAUGUUCGAUCUGGUUAAGCCAGAAAUUCCAGGAAGGAUCAACCUCAGAGACUUGAAGAGAUGUAAACUUGCCCAUAUAUUCUUUGACACAUUCUUCAAUAUCGAGAAAUACCUGGACCAUGAACAAAGGGAUCCCUUACUGGCUGCAAGGGACGCAGAAAUAAUGGGACAAGAGAUUUCUGACUGGGAGAGAUACGCUGCAGAGGAAUAUGAUCACCUGGUAGCUGAAGAAACUGCCAACGAGCAGUACAACGACGGCUAUGAAAAUGUAGACCCAGUUGACCAUGUCACACGUGCAUUUGACCUCCGAAAUGAAAAGAGGCCUUUGUUUGAGAUCACCAACCCUCACUGUAACCUGGACCUGGACGAAUAUGAAUACGAGGAUGAUUUUGAAUGACAGCCACUGAGAACAAUGUAGAAACACCAAAGAAAAACCACCAUCUGGAGAACCGUGGGUUAAACAACAGAUGCUGCUUUCGCAGAUUGGCGUAUGCCUGGUUAUGCUAACCAAUGCUUAAAAAUGUGUCCCACCCAAUGGAUGCUGAUCAGUAAACCAGCAUUCCAGAGAGUAAACUGUAUUUAUCUGUCUGACAUCUGCGUACAACCAGGUUUCUAGUAUAAAUAUACAGUAGAUGCACUACAGGUUUCAAGUAACUACACUGGAACCAGGAUGUUCAAGUUCACUUGAAAUAUUGAAUGGGCACUAUUUAAAAAAUAAAAAAAUAUAUAUAUAGUUUUACACUUCAGAUUGGGUAAUCAGACAUUCCAGGGAUUAACCAAAAUGAUUUCAGUCCAAUAACUUGAUUUCAUGGGUGGCUUAUUUCUCAUGGACCUCUGUCUACAUGCCUUAUUUAUUUAAGGGUCACGCUAAUAUGAAAUAAUGCUGUAAUCAGACUCUGACAUUUUAUUGUCUGUGUGAGAAGUGUUGAAAUUUUAAUGUAUUUAUUGUAUAUAUUUAUGUGACUCUUUAUUUGUUCAAAAUCUUUAGGCUUAGUCCAGCUAAAAGUUUUCAAUAAAUUAUGUUUGUAUAACAAUAGAAGUGCUUCCUAACAGUGUACUUUUAUUAUUGUAAAAAUGAACUCUUUUUCAAUUGUCUUAAGUUCAAUAAAGUAUUAAAAUAAACGUG